UGGUGCUAGAGAUGGUUAUGUCGGUAUUUCUGAAUGACAUAUAUUUCCUUAUUCUUCCAGUUACUACGAGAUGUUUGCAUUAAUGAGCCAUCUGAAAGAGGCCGCUCAGAAAAUAAUGUUCUCAAGAACAGAUAUAGAAAUAUCUUGCCAUUUGAUAGAUCAUCUGUGCGAUUGUCAGUCAGUAAUGAAGAGGGGUCGGACUAUAUCAACGCCAAUUACAUAGAUGGUUACAAACAUCCUAAGGAAUAUAUUGUCACUCAAGGACCUCUUCCCGGCACUAAGAAUGAGUUUUGGCGAAUGGUUUGGGAGGAAGAGGUACCAACUAUUGUUAUGAUCACACAGUGUGUAGAGAAAGGACGGGUUAAAUGCGACCAUUAUUGGCCAUUUGAUGCGGAACCUAUGGAUUAUGGUGACAUCACCGUCACUAUGGUAGAAGAGACACAGAUGACAGAUUGGACCGUACGUGAAUUCAACAUCGAACAUUCUCAGAUGAGUGAAGUUCGUCAAGUAAAACAAUUUCAAUUCACUUCUUGGUCGGACCAUGGUGUACCUGAAACACCGGAGCCCAUGUUACGAUUUAUAAGUACUGUCAGAGGUCAGCAUCCAAUUUCCGAGGGUCCAAUGAUUGUUCAUUGCAGUGCUGGGGUUGGGAGAAGUGGAACGUUUAUAGCAUCUGACAUCUUGAUGCAACACGUCACGGAUCAAAGGAAUGAUGUGAUUGACAUUUUCGGAGUGGUCUAUAGAAUGCGCACGCAACGCUGCUACAUGGUUCAAACAGAAAGCCAGUAUGUCUACAUUCAUAGGGCAAUUCUUGAAGUACUUAAGGGGAACGUGAGCAACAGUAACUGGGUGCUAAUGCAUCCGGGUACAAGCAGGCCGGAUUCAAUAUAUAGGCCAGAGCCUGAGAUGGCUGAUCCAUAUGGUGAUGAGAUUUAAACAGGAUUUACACAGCUACCUAAAUCAAUCAAUGAGUUAUUUAUAGCGCCAUUCAGUCGUGGCUCGUAAUAAGUAGUAAUACUGAGGGAUUAAGAAAUAAAUAAUUUAAGAUAACUCAGCCAGAUUUUUAUACCAUCCGUCAUCAGUAUGCCAUCACUAAUUUUAGAUUAAUGGCAUUAAAACCGUUUUUUAAAUAUUCUGAAAUAAUUAGAAGGAAUUAUAGCAUAUGGUUACCAUUUAAAUUAUGUGUACCAUCUGACCAUUCACAGUAGGAAAACAACAUGUAUUUAUAUUUAUUAACUGACCAAUUAGAGGCAGUAACUAGAUGAAUGCAUAGAUAUAUGUUUUAACUGAUUUAGAUAGACCAAUAUUUACUUACGAACAUUAACUCACCGAUAGAUUUAUCAAUAUUUUGUUAUAUGUAUAAUUUGUAGGAUUGAAUAAAUUGACUUGUGAUUUGUGAUAAA